CCCCAAGCGGCUGGAGGAAGAGAGAAAGGCUCGGGGCCGCGAUCUCUCCCCCGCCCCGCGCACGGGCUCUCUGUGGCUCCUGACCAACAUGGCCACGCACGUUUUCCUCACGGGACCCCCAGGAAUUGGAAAAACAACACUGAUACGGAAAGCUGCUGAAAUUUUAAAAUCAUCUGGUCUCCCCAUUGAUGGAUUUUACACAGAGGAAGUGAGAGAAGGUGGCCGGAGAAUAGGGUUUGAUGUUGUCACUCUGAAUGGAAGAAGAGGAAUUUUGUCUAGAGUUGGCUCUGGUCAUUCAGCAGCAAGGCAUGAAUAUCGUGUUGGCCAGUAUGUUGUAGAUCUAGCUUCAUUUGAACAGUUGGCUCUUCCUUUGUUGAGAAAUGCUGAUUUUGGCAGCCGUGCAAUGAAAAAAGUCUGCAUAAUUGAUGAGAUUGGUAAAAUGGAGCUCUUCAGCCAGACAUUUAUUCAAGAUGUCCAACAAAUGUUGAAUGAAUCGGGAACUGUGAUACUUGGAACAAUCCCAGUGCCUAAGGGAAAGCCUUUGAGACUUGUGGAAGAGAUCAGAAAUAGAAAGGAGGUGAAACUCUUCAGUAUUACGAAGGCGAAUAGAGAUAACAUUUUGCAAGAAGUUGUGACAGCUGUGGAGAACUGCCUAAAAUGAGAUGUCUUCCCAUCACAUCUCUUCUGCUGUUUACAGUUUAAUGUUAUUUUCAUUAAUAUCUAGAGCUUAAUUGACUUUGAA